AUGAAUGAUAUUCCUACACAUGAAGCUACACUCCGUGUUAGAACAAUCCAACACUUAAAAGGAUCUGCUAAUUCGGUUGACGAAUAUCCUAUAUGGCAAUGGAGCUUACAACUUUAUUUAUUAGAUAAGAAUGGCACUCAAAUACCGUGCAACAUUAUUAAAUCUUGUGAAUAUAUUCUACAUCCAUCAUUUGAAAAGCCUAAUAGGAUAGUCGAUACAAUACCCUAUCUACUAGAGGAAGAAGGAUGGGGUGAAUUUAAUAUUAAGAUCAAAUGUCAAUUUUUAUUUGGUUUAGGUUUAUUUACAAUUAAUCAUGAUAUAAAUUUUGAUAACACAGAAUACCUGGUAGAUUAUUCAAUUCAGGUACCUUAUAAUCAUCCAAUGAUGUAUAAGCUCUUAAUAGAUAAUAAUAUCAUAGAAGUAUAUGGGCAAAAACAACCAAAAGAAAGUCAACAACAAAAAUUAAUGGACACACCUAUAACACCUCAAAAUUCUAUGGCAUUACUUAACUGGAUUAAAGAAAUACCAUCACUAGAUGAGCAAACCUUAACUGAAAUAGUCCAAAUGAUCAUAAAUCAUCCUGCAAUGAAGCAUGAAUUGUCAUCUUCAAACAUGCAAGACGAUUUUCGAAUAUUAACGUCUCAACUCCCUGAUGACUUAUUAGAGGCAAUUCAGAAGUUAUUUACUGAAGCUGCUAAAAAUGAUAAGUUGAAAAGUCUAAGAUGA